UAUAUGCAGAAGCACUGGACACAAAUUCUGUUAACUUAUAUACAUUUCGUGUACAGAGCUGCGUUGAUAAAUACGGACUGGUGCCGACUUACAUUUUAUAUACAGUUGUCACAUGAUACGAUCAAAGUCUGUUACUAAAUUUAGACACCGGCGGUAGACUUUCGCUGAUUUCUAUGAUGUCGUCGGAAAAAGUUUCCGUUGAAUUCACAGAUGAUGGAUUUGCAAUCCUAACUAUGAGGAACGGAGAGAAUCGCUUAAAUGCCGAGUUUGUACAGCUUCUCAACGAUAGCCUGGAUAAAGUUCUCAGAAAUAAGAACUGCAAGGCUUUGAUAACAACCGGUGAAGGUAAAUUCUACAGCAAUGGCGUAGAUUUAAAAUGGGCAAUGAAACAGUCAAAAGAAGUGAAUUUGAAGUUCCGGACCGAUGUCCAGGGUUUAUUCUGGCGAAUCCUUCACUUUCCACUUCCGACAGUUGCCGUCAUAAACGGACACGCUUUUGCUGGCGGUGCCUUUGUUGCGAUUGCGCAUGACUACCUUGUGAUGAAUUCACAACGAGGCUGGUUUUCUAUGAACGAGGUUAGAGUUGGAAUGCGAAUUCCACCUACUUCCUGCGAGGUGCUCAAGGCGAAAAUGAAGAACAAAAAAGCAUUACGAGAGGCAGUCGUGUUUGCUCGAUCAAUUCCAGCCACAGAAGCCAAGAGCCUGGGGCUAAUAGACGAGGUGGGGGAGUUAUCUUCCCUUAUGGAUGCUGCUAAGCGACUGGCACUUGGAGCGUUAGGCCAUACAGGUAUCGACCGUGAUAUGCUCCAGAUAAUGAAGAAAGAUUUAUACCCCAGAACUGUGAUGGACGAUGACAGCAUGAAAUCAAAGUUAUGAUGUUUAACAGUAUUUGGAAUUGCGUAAUUAUAACGAAUGUGUAUAUAUGAAUGUUGAGAGACAACAAUCCAGAAAGUCGCUUUCAGAUGACUAUGUCGGAGAGUGACGUGUUGAACUGGAGAAUAUAGAUAAGAACUUGGCUUCUUCCGUUAGGUGGAGUACACUUAUGAGUUAAAUGGUGCUGUUUACUUUCGUCCAAUAUUAAUCAGGUCUAUAACAAGUUCAAGAGAAUAUUCACAUUUCAUUAAUUUCAUAAAGCUUGUUUGUCACUUUUCAUCUUAAUAUAUAAUGAUAAAACAAUAAAAUAGAAAGUAUUUUUA